AACGCCCAGCCCUCCCAGCCAGCUGCAGAAAGAGCGUUUAUGCUGUGACUUUUACCUGAGCACAUCAGUCACGUUCAGGCCAUGAGGGCUGAUGCUCGUCUUGCUUUUAAUUUGCACUUGCCAUUUCUCCGGAGCUGCCGGUGUCUUUGCUGCGCGGUGCAGUUGUCAGUCGUAGUUUCCGUGCGGUGACGGACUGCGCUCUGCUGUGAGCAGUUCUCAGCUUGAGAAGUUUACUUUCUGGCGAAGUUAGUAAGGCAGGCUCUCGUGGGGGAGAGGGGGCUCUGUGCGCUCGCUUGAAUGUGUCUGUUCUUCAGAGCAAAGAAAGCAUCAAAGGUAGUUUCUGUCUUGUUUUUCUUGCGUUCAGCUAACUGGAUGCUUGGGCUCAACAAUAUUAGGCACGAAAAUACCUGCCAAAACUAGGGUGUCUGUAACUCCAUAGGUGAGAGCUGCUUGUUUCAAAGAGCUGGUGGUGAAGGGCCACAGCUGGGUCGGUGGCCUGUCCCCCGCAGAGCUGGUCACAGGGAUGGAGAGCCCGUGAGGCGGGAGAAGCUGAUCUCCACCAGGAAAGCCCAGGAGUAUCCUACCACAGCUAACAGAUGGAGCUGUGGUAGGCUGCUGGCAGCUUCCGCUUCUUCCCUUGUUUUAAGUUUCCAGAGGUGGAAGUUCAGUUUUGUGCUACUUUUUAUCACAGACACAAAAAAUACGUACCAAAGCUCUUAAUGUUUUACGCGACAUCUAGGGAUGUCUGUCAAAAGUUGUCAGGAGGCGUUUGUGGGAGUUGGCUUGCUGAGCUAAAGUGCUCGCAGUGCAGUCUGAUCGCUAUCUCCUAAUGGCUUUUUGGUCAUAAUAAACAUCAAUAUGCUGUAUAGGCUGAUUUUUUUUUACCUUGAUAUAUUAACACAGACAUUUCUUCUAAGUGUAAUUGCUGUUGUACUUUAGAAGGAACAGCGACUUUCACAGCUGACCAGUUUCGAAUACUAUUCAUGCACAUUUGAGGCCAACCUAAUGUAGCAAAAGAAUUAAUUUGAAGAGCUGCUUUCAUUGUGUCUGUCUCUCUUUUAACAGCUCUGAUGACAAGUCACAGAGAAUCAACAAAAGCAGAUGGCUGGAGGUGGCUUUUGUUGCUUUGGGGAGUAGUCUAUUGAACGGUGAAAGAUUAGAAGACAAGCACAUUAACACGAAACACAAAAACUUAUGUUGUGCUAAAUUGUAUUAAAACUUCAUUUGGGAGAAGUUUGAAAAAUUGUGGGGUUUAAGCACUCUUAAAUUCACUAUACUUACUUGAUACUGAAAGUUCAUUUUUUCCAAGUCGAGAUACGAAGUUCCAAGCACAGCAAUCAGAGAUGCUCAGAAGGUCAUAAUGUACCAGCAGAGGUUUGCCUGAUUAUGUAUAAUGCUCUGGCAGAACAUUCAUGGGGACAAAAAGAAGACUGUACCGCAUCUUGUGUGACAUGUCAAAGGUGAAGCAUCAGAAUGAAAGACAUGGACAAUAUCAAAACUGUAAAGAAAGAAUGGAUGUGUAAAUCAGGAACCGAUGGUCAGAUUUUGAAUGGUACAGAACAAAACCGUGACUACUUUGUAGAUAACCUUUUUGAAGAAGCUCAGAAGGUUGGCGCUAUAUGUAUGCCCCCAACUACAGUCAAGACCCAGGUUGAUGUAAUCAUUAAACUUUGGAAAAAUGGGUUUACAGUAAAUGAUGGUGAACUUAGGAGCUACUCUGAUGUUGCAAACCAGCAGUUCUUGGACUCCAUCAAAAAAGGGGAACUGCCUUUUGAGCUACGAAAAGUUUUUGAUAAGGAGGAGGUAGAUGUGAAAGUGGAAGAUAAAAAAGAUAAGGUGUAUUUGUCAUCGAAAAAGCCAAUGUUUCAUCCCUUUUCUGGACAUGGUUACAGAUUAGGAAGUGCUACUCCAAGGAUAAUCUCUAAAGUAAAAGAUGAUCAUCAAGGACCUGACAACAAAAGACACCUGCCUUUAGUACCCUUAAAUGAUUUGGAGCCUAUCACUAACAUCCAGAUCUGGUUAGCUGAUGGGGAAAGGAUAAUUCAGAAAUUCAAUGUUUCUCACAGAAUAAGCCACAUCAGAGACUUCAUAACCAAGUAUCAAGGAUCAGAGGGAAGUGUUCCCUUCACACUGACUACUUCGCUGCCGUUCCGAGAGCUACGAGACGAGACACUCACACUAGAGGAAGCAAAGUUGAAAAAUGCUGUUGUUGUUCAGAGACUUCAGAAAACAACUGAACCUUUCAGACUCUUAGUGAUAAAAGCAUCUGACAAUGACUAUAAAACUGCUGCUACACCUAAUGGACAGCUCAAGAAUGAGCAAAAAAAUGCUAUCAAAAGUACAAGAUCAAAUUAGCUUUUAGCUGGCCAAAAGCUACAUGCAGGUGGAACUAGACAAAACCAAAAAUGUAACCAGCAAUAUCUGGAUGCGCUCUCAUCCUCACGUACUGUGCUCUUAGAGCAAAAUGUGUGCUGUGCUAUCAUCUGCUAUAAUAGGAGUAUUUUUAACUGAAUCUGGUGGUCAGAGCCUGGCUAAAUAAUGUAGCAGAGGUAACUGUACAACAGGUCAUCCUUAGAAUUUCCUUAGGUAGAAAGCUUCUUAGUUCUUUAAUGAGUGUAUUUAGGCAGAGACUUAAUUACUACUGAUAGCACCUUUUAAGGAAGAAUAGUAUUUAUUUUUGCACUUUGGACUACUGAACUGAUUUCUUUCACUUACAUUUCGG